CAAAUAUCUUCGGGCGGUCGGUUGGUUGGUUGGUUUUGGUUUGAGUUUUACCGAUGGAGGAGUCUCCUGUAUAUUCAAGUACUCCCAAGGGCUUUAACAAACGGGCUAUCAAAGAGCUUGACUUAGAAACACCACACAUACCACUGGCUGAAGGUGGUGUCAAGAGAAAGAAGACAGCGACGGUGCCAGAACAGUUGAACCUAUCAAAUCGAUCGUUGCCUGUUGAUCUCGAUUCGAGUGUCAGUUCAUCCCGUCGUUCUGUGCUGAAGAAACUGGCUCAGCCGAAGAAAACAACUACAGUACGUCAAGGCACGGAUUGGAUGUAUGUUAACCAUAAGGAAGCUACACAACCCAGUGAUCGUCCUGUUUCUCGUAGACGAGGUGAUGGAGGUGAGCCAUCAACACAAGCACCACCGCCGCCAUCAAGACCACCGUCGAAAAGACGGGAUUCAGGCCGACAACUACAACAACAGUUAGUGGAAACAGAACAGGAGCGAUCCAGUCAACGGGUGGGUGCUUCACGAAGACAUAAUAGUAAUACGAAUAAUGAUAACAAUCAGAAAAAAAAAGAACGACCGAAGAAACGUGCCGCACCGGGAACCAGAGCUUUGCAAGAGAUAGCAUCAUAUCAACGGAGUACAAAUCUCCUUAUCAGGAAGCUGCCAUUCUCUCGAUAUAUCCGUUAUAUCAUGGCGACAUCACUUGGUCCGAGAUACUUAACGUAUCGUUGGCAAGCGAUAUGCUUUCUGGCCUUACAAGAAGCCGCUGAAGCAUUCCUCGUGAGCUUAUUUGAGUCGGCUCAACGAUGUGCAAUUCACGCUAGACGUGUUACAGUGAUGGCUAAAGAUGUCCAACUAGUGACAGAUUUACAAAACAUUCCAACUGCGUCAAGUUAUCAACAAUUUCCAUUGACGACGAUGACGACUAAUCGACCCAUGUUGACAGCACCACCGUGUCCAUCGAAUAGGAAGAAUCGGAAUAAUAAUAACAAUGAUGAUGACGAUGAUAAUGGUAAUAAUGUGAGAUGAUGACUGUCUUCCUAGUUGAUUUUAGUGAUUCCAGAAUCACUACUGUUGUUUUAUCUCCGAUCCCCAUUCCGGUUCACUUCUCUUCUUGUUCCAGUGUACAUCAACAAUCCUCGCCCAUAUUCGCUCUUUGUGAUAGAUAAUAUAUCUAGUCAACUUCUAUUGUUUUUCGAUUUGACUACUGUUGUUUUUGCCCCACAUACAUUUCUGUUUGUUACCUGUUUCAUUAUGUCUCUCUUCUUGUGUGUGGUACAUUGACAUGGCGAGUGGAAACUGGAACUGGUGCACAUCUGUGCAAAGUUCUAGGUUGAAACUAGUCAGUCAAUCCUCCCGCCCCCACACAACUGCUACCCUCCCUGCUUGACCCUCUGUUCUAUUUGAUCUUUGCCUAAUUCCCAAAACCUUUGAUAUGUUUUGUAGAUACAGUGUGUUCUCCUUGUUAUUUGUUAUGUUAGGUUAUAUUUUUGUGAAUGCUCCAUUACUACUUUUAUUUGCAGUUUUAUGCGUUUUUGUGUUUUCGCGAUGACCUACCUUAUUUGUACAUAGUGACUUUAAAUGGCGUAUGGCUUUACAACAAUCUGAGUCUGUCUCUCUCCCUGUGGGUGAACAGACUUUUUUGUAGAUAAUUGCUACCGGUGUUGUAUCAUGGAAUGUUUUCUAUUGUGAUUGAAAACAAUUGUGUCUCGAAUGUUCUUGUGAUUUGUUCUGCUUAUUACUCUGAAGUGGGGAGAUGGGGUUUGGUGGGUAUCCUAUACGAU